AUGAUGUCUCCCUUAACCUUCAUCAAGAAACCUUUAAAAUGGUUGGACCUCAUGUCAAAGCAUAAAGUCACAUUGGGGGUGGCCCCUGACUUUGCCUAUCAUUUGGUAGCCAGAAAGUUCAAAGAGGAGAUGUUGAAGAAAGGAGGAAAGUGUCCCAUCCCAAACCUUGACCUGUCAUCCAUCCAUUAUCUACAAAAUGGGGCUGAGCCAAUCAGGCUUGACACCCACAAAGAGUUCAGCUCCACAUUCUCAGAAUUUGGAUUAAGGAAAUCAUGGUUCUGCAGUGGCUAUGGUUUGGCAGAACAUGUUGUCACUGUGUCCUGGUUGAAUGAAUACCGGCUAUCCACCCAACGACCAGAGGACUCGAAGAGAUUUGUAGCAGUGGGCUCCAAACAAACCUUCCAUCCCUGUGUGGACAUCAAAAUAGUUGACCCUGUCAACAAACAUGAACUUCCUGCUGACGAAACAGGUGAGAUUUGGAUUGCUGGUCCUUCCAUUGCUGCUGGAUACCAUGGAAAGCCAGAACUGUCCAGAGAGGUCUUCCAAGCUAAGCUUCUCCCUCAAGAAGAUUCUGACAGUGAUCAGGAUGAUUCCUGUACUGGCACUACCUUCCUCCGAACAGGGGACUUGGGCUUCAUGCAAGAUGGGUACUUGUAUGUUUGUGGCAGGAUCAAAGACCUGCUCAUUAUCAAUGGGGUCAACUACUAUCCCCAAGAUAUUGAGCUGGCUGUUCAAUCCUGCCAUGGUGUCAGGCCAGGGUGUGUGGCAGCCUUCUCUUCUGAUGACUCUGGUGAAGGUGAUGGCCAGCUUGAGGUUGUCUUCAAGAUUAGGAAUGCAAACAAGAAGACUGCACAGGCUGUCUGUGAGGCAAUCAAAUCUGUGGUCAUUCAGGACAUUGGUAUUGUUCCUUCCAAGAUUGUGGCAUUGGAAGAAAAAAGCAUAGCCAAGACAACCAGUGGCAAGAUACAGAGAAGGAGAAACAGAGACCUGCUCCAUGCAAAUCAACACAAAUCUGUGUUUGUUCUGGAUCAGUCAUCUAAGUUGGCAGGCGAGGGUAAUGGACACCAGGAAAUUGGCCACAAUCUCCCUCCUUCAGAGAAGUUUGAUGCUAUCAUGACUUCACUCCUGGGAUCUGACUAUGAUCCAGAUGCUGGAUGGGAUGAAAAUGGCCUCACUUCCCUCAUUUUGAUUGAGCUCAACAACAAGCUAGCUGAAUCCUUUCCAGCCAAAAUCCCCAGUGACUUUCCUGACCAAUAUCCAACCCCAGCUGCACUCAAAGAGUACCUCCUCAGCCUAAAUCACGGAUCCUUCUUCCCCGUCGAAGUACCAAGCUUUGACACCUCAGCUACAAGACUUCCCUGGCCUGUAGUCACUCUGUUGCAGGGGGUUGGCGUCAUUUUGCUCGUUUUGAUUCUAUCUGUAAGCAUAAUCCCUUCCUACAGGUGCUACAAGCUCAUCAUCUACGAUGGAGCACCGCCUGCACUUGGGAUACUACUUCCUCUAGUCUUCUUGCUUUGGCACAUUACCUUCACCCUCUUGGUUUGCCUCUCAAAGUGGAUUGUAAUUGGCAAGUACUCUUCCCGAGAGGUUCCAGUGGCAUCCCUAUACUAUGUCAGAUGGUGGUUUGUUGACAGGGCAGUGCACCUGUGGGAGAUGUUGAUUGGCAGGUAUCUCAAAGACACUCCAUGGUUGUGGCUCUUCUAUUCAAUGAUGGGCUGCAAGGUUCACUUCUCUGCCAAGUUGGAUUGCUUCCUUCGAGAGUUCGAUCUCUUGGAGAUUGGUGAAAACACCGAGAUCAGUUUUGGGAUCAAAUGUCGAAAGUUUGGACCCUGGCAGGAGUCUGGGUGGUAUGCUGGGUCUCCCACAUUGAGGUUCAGGCCAAUCAGAAUUGGGAAUGGUUGUGUGGUGGAAGGGCAAGUAGGUCCUGGUGUGGUACUUGGUGAUGGCAGCAAAGUGGAGAAGCUAGCUGCAGUCCCCGAGGGUUCCCAGGUCCCAACUUCUGCCAUUGCAAGAGGCAGUCCUGCUCACCAGAGUGGCAUGUCACAGCCGAAAAAUAACACUGAGCAUGAAAAGCAGAGUAUGGCUGUGUUGAGAGUUGCCAAAAUUGUUGGGCCCCUCAUGGAACUCUACUUGACCUUUGCCAUUGCUGGGUCUGCUGGGUGGGCCAUCACGAUUGGACUCUCUGGGUUUGAGUGGCGCUAUUCUACCCUGUUGAGGGCAUUCCUCAUCAUAGUCCUCACAGGUAUUGGAAACUUACUGGUUUGCAUUCCCAUGAAAUGGAUUCUGAUUGGACAACAAAAACCAGGUCCAGUAACUAACAACUCUAUCUUCCAAGAAUCGCUUGACUGGAUGGUCGACUAUCAUUUCUUUGCCAGCCUUGUUCUUCUGGACCUAGUGGCAGACAAUGCAGUCAUGAUCAAUGCCUUCUUGUGGUUGCUGGGCUUGGAUAUUGACAUGGAAACUAAGGUGUGGGGUGAACACUUCCCUCCCUCCAAGGUUGAUUUGAUCACUCUCAAGAAGUCUACUCUAUCUUUCUCACAUUUUGAUGUCAAACAAGAUGGAGAGUACAAAAAGAUCCACAUUGAGAACACCAGCAUUGGACACAGUGUCAUUAUUGAUGGUGGAGUAACGAUCAAAUCUGCCCAGGUCAAUCCAUUGACACAUGUUACAGCUGACAUCCACGGUGAUCUUACCACAACUGGAACAAGAAUGCCACUGUCGAGACGAUUGGCUAUUGACCUUGCCACACCUUUUAUCUUGGCUUUUCUCUUCCUAUGUCUUAUCCCAACCUUUGAGCUCUUUCAACUGGACUUUGGAACCCCUUCUGCAGGGUUCCCAGUUGUCAAAAUGGCUGUGACACUUGCUGUGUUCUGUGAAACACAAUUCUUUCUCCACAUGCUACUCCAUUGGAUUACAUACCCAAGCCAGUACUUUUGUGGAACUCAAGGGCAAACUAAGCCCUGGUCAAUGAUCAUGUUCGCAAUGUACAUGACCUUGCACUGCCGUAUGGGGGACCUUUCUCUACUUCCAAUCUUCUGGGGUACACCCUUCUUUAACUGGUUCCUUCAAGGCAUGGGCUGCAAUAUAGAGGGCCGUGCAUUGUUCUUUGGAGUUCGCCUCUAUGACUUGCCAUUGGUGACAAUCAAGGACAAGACCAUCAUUGAUUCAUGCAUUGUAUCGGGGCAUUCUUGGAUCUAUGAUGGUGUUUACUUUGGACCAACAACUGUUGCUGGAGUUCUACAUGAGGGGAGCUUCUGUUUGGCCAACACAUAUUUGGAGGAUUCAAGCAAAGAGACUCACCCAAUGCAGUUUGUGCCACCCAGAUUGAAUGGGGAGGAAGUGAAUUUGAAAAAUCUUCAAAGCCAAUCUGAAGAUAUGGAGGUUGUGUAG